AUGGGUUGGUUACAUCAUGGCAUCGUUGCAAUGGCAGCGUUGUCUUCCAUAAUUCCCCAAACACUCGCAUUGCCGAGUCCGAUAUCCUCGAACGCAAAUCAGCGCCAGGAACCCUGUGCACUGAUAGCCAAGGCGCAAGAGGAACAGCGAAAGAAGGAUCCAUAUGCACGGGCAUUACUCAUCGAGGCCGGGCUGGCUCAUGCCUGUCUAACAUCCGUUCCGAUCAAAAAGUCACACGCUCUUAAACUCAUUGAUGGUCUUUUCCCCUUUCUCGAAUGGCAGAGCACAAUUGAUUAUCUCAAGAAUCCGCCCAAGGGAUAUCAGCUUCCUGGGGUUGACGUGGAAGGCGGCCUAAAGAAGAUAAGGGAUAAAGUGAGCCGUGGCGAGUAUCCCAAUGAGUAUUCGUUCCAAAAUGAGUUGACUGCACUGAUAGCAUCUGCUCAUGACGGACAUUUUUAUGUCGACUUUGACCUUAUGAGCGUGUUUAAGUUCGGGAGACCUGACAUUGGGCCGCUCGUCUCUGUCUCCCAAGACGGGGUGAAGCUCCCAGAGGUAUACGUCUUUAGUAUGUAUUGCAAGAAUGCUUCUUCUUCUUCUUCUUCUUCUUCUUCUUCUUCUUCUUCUUCUUCUUCUUCUUCUUUUCUAGCCUCGUGUGCAGAGGGAGCAAAAUGGAAACCGUCUGCAGUCACACAGAUCGACGGCGAGGAUGCCAUCGACUGGCUGCAGAAGUGGUCACACCAUGGCGGCCAGCGUGAUCCAGAUUCAUUGUACAGCGCCCUCUUCUACUCUAUUCCAAAGAUCGACCAGGGCUGGUACGGAAGCUUCUAUUCGAUGACAGGUGUGUACCCUGGCGAUAACACGACUCUUACCUUUGGAAACGGCACGACGAGGUCGUUUUUGAAUCGUGCCAGUACCAGGGAAUUGUGGGCCGGGGUGAAGGAUGGUGAAUCGUUUUACCGUCAAUUCUGCAAUGAUGACAAUGCGGAGGAACGACGGAAGAGGAGGGAUAACAGACACAGUGCCAUUACGACUGUUAGCCAGAGAGAAGUCCACUUUGAGAAACGGGAUGAGCCUGGCAAUUCGCCGAGACCACUCUUCCCAAAGGCAGUGGAGGAGUUUGGAACUGGUGCAGUAGCAGGGUAUUUCCUUGAUGGCCGUAACGACGCAGCCGUGUUGUCUAUCAACUCCUUCCUGGCAGAAGACAAGUCCGGCGGACUGCAAUUCCAGCAGUAUAGUGCUGUGGUCAGCAGGUUCCUGGCUGAUUGUGCGAAAGAGAAAAAGUCGAAGCUCAUCAUCGAUGUGACUGGAAAUGGAGGCGGCACCCUCUUGAUGGGCUAUGAUGUGUUCAAACAGUUAUUCCCCAAGAACGAUCCCAAUGAUGCUUCUAACCUGCGGGCUACCGACCAGCUUGAUUUCGUAGGCAAAAAAGUGAACAAGGCACUAUCAGAUGGCAGUGGCGGCAAAGAGGUCGAGGCCCUGCGAGGAAAGGAGUUCGACGCUUCUGUGUUUAUGGACAUCCAUGGACGGCCCCGGAAGAACUGGAAGGACUUCUUCGGCCCUGACGAGGUCAGUGGCUUCAAGUUCACGAGCCUGUCGACCUGGGAUCUGGGGAACAAGGACGUGGCUGGCUUUGCAGGGCAGUCAACGGUGGCCGGGUACCUGGACCGAGCUAACCUGCCUCCUCCCGUCUUCCAGCCGGCGCAGAUGGUCCUGCUGACCGACGGUGCCUGUGGCUCGACCUGCGCGCUAAUGGCCGACCUGCUGAGGCGCAACGGGGUGAAAUCAGUGGUGAUAGGCGGACGGCCACGCCAUGCUGGCCGGGUCGAGGCAGUCGGCGGCGUCAAGGGCACGCAGACGCUGACCUUGGAUCAGAUACGUGGUGUGGCCAUACUGACCGUCGACGACCUCUCCGACAAGAAGGAACAGGAGCGUCUGGCAAAGACAGCCAUCGGCAAGGUGGCCCGGAACGGCGACGAUGCGCUCUCUCGCAUCAAAGAGGGCGGAGUCAACUUUCGCAACGCCGUCCAUCCGGACGAUAGCUCGAAGACGCCGCUACAGUUUGUCAGCGAGCCAGCGGACUGCCGGCUCUGGACAACAACGCCCAUGCUGUUCGACAUGAAUGAGGUCUGGCGCACCGUGUAUGACGCUGCCUGGGGGGAUGGCAGCAGCUGCACUCCGGGAUCGAUCGUCUAA